UUGUUGAAGCAUAGUUUUGGUUGGUCUCAGCAUUUUUGACUUCACACUACUUCAGUGAAGUUCACAGAUUUGUGGGGGUAAAAAGUGCAAAACUAAAGGUUGAAUUACACUAAUUUAUCCUCAUUUUUACUAAACUACAGAUCCUCAACUACAAACAUUUCACAGCAGGCCGAUAGUUCAAAAGAUUUCUGCUCAGUUGUUGCAUCCGCUGCACGUUGCUUUAAAGAGAGAAGAAAGAAAACAUUUCCAAACGCAUCACCCUGUUUUUUUUGUUUUGUUUUGUUUUUUUCUUAAACGAAUUGAAACUUUUGAACCAUUCGCCUUCGCAACUCUUUUUGAAAUACUUCCCUUCUGCUCAGCCAACCGACGUUGCAACAGAUACCCGAGUCGGCAUAAAUACCAGCACUCUGCUCCCAUUCAGACAUCGAGGUCGAAGCAACUCAACUUGGGUUUCUGAAGCUCCAGCCGGAAAAACGACACUCUGAAAAUGAAGGCGCUCACUCUUGCCGUUGCCGUGGCCGUCAUGGUGACAAUCAUUGGGGUUCAGCAGAGCUCUGCUGACCUGGUGAUUGAGGGACCUGAACUGAUGGACGUAUUGACCAACGGCAGCCCAGCUGCUGCUGCUGGUCAAGACGUCCCAGAGGACUCCUGGAAGAUGCCGUACAACUCAUUUCACGUGCGCCCCAGUCGCUGCCGUUUCUGCUGCGGCUGCUGCCCCGGCAUGAGAGGCUGCGGCAUCUGCUGCAGAUUCUGAGAAGCCAGAAGAAAACUUCAACUACAGUAAAAAAAAAAAAAAAAAAAAAAAAAAAAAAAAAAUCGCUCAUUUAGAUGUAGUUGAAUGUCGCAUUACUGUUUGAAGGAUGUGAGUGGACUCCAUCUUUUCAUCCAUAUUGCUUGUGGAAACAUGCAGACGUGUCCUGCAAAACUAAAAGUCGCUGCAGAAGGUGCUAAUUUGAGCAGAGGUGUGAUGUUUUUUGCCGUAAUAAAUGUUACCCCUCGAUACA